AUGAAUGGAGAACAGCAGCAUGAGACAGGUACUGCAAUUAUGGCACCUGGGGUUCCAACAGGUAUCUUCUCAGUUGUAAAUCUAUUCUGGACAAAUUAACCUUGUUUUGCAUACUUGCGACACAGAUGAUUAAAAAGAUAAGCCAUGGGUAAAGUUGCUUUAAAGUUCAAAGGCAGGGGCUAUGAAGACCAUUGCUGAAGUUCCUCUUCAGUUAUGUGUGUUCUGCACUUGUGUUAACAUUGCAGUGUGCCUGUAGCUCUCAAAAGCAUCUUUCAGCAGCAGCUGAUCUAAACAGCUUCUCCUCUCAUGCAGAGUUUCCUUGUGCCUCACCUCUGGCUUGCUGUGGCUAUAUGGCCACAUUUUGGUACAGCAUAAUAAAGGCUUAUCAUUAAAAGAAUGAGCCCAGCCUCCCUCUGGGCUCACAUACUUCUUCCUUCACCUCUUUUUCUCCACGAUGACUUGGAGGGUGAGUUUGGAAGCUUUGAUUCUGAUGUAGACUAGCCAGUUUAUCAUUGAGUCAGAAGCCAAACAAUUGUGGUUCAUCUUAAUUAUAGGUAUUUGAAACAAGCCAUCUUCUAACCAUGGGUUGCAAAGCUGGCUUGUCUCAACUAACCAUAGUUGUGAUAAACCAGAGUUUAGGGUUUAGAGAUAAUUUGUGUUUCUGCAGGUGGAAGCAAAAGCUUAUCUCCUCACGCUAGAGCGGAACAGGGAGGGGAUGGGCACACAAGCCCAAGGCUUGUGCAUAAACCACAACUCAUUGUUCUGUCAUGUCUAAACCCAGCCAGUGUGUUUUCGUUUUCAUUUCCGUCCUCCUGCUGCCGCAUUUUAAACAAGUAUAGAGUUUACAGCUAUCGCUUCUGUGAAUUUGCAGAAAUUAUUCUUAAAGUUUAUGCCCACUUCACAGAACUUGUUUAGAUGGAGCAUAGGUGAUGAGCUCUCUCACAUAAGAGCUUGAAUUGUGUGAUUCUUCUUGAUAUAAUCACAAACCACACGUAAGUACAGAAUGUGGAACUUUGCUAAUGCUUAUUGUGGUUUCAUAUUCUGUGGCCUCAAAUGCUGUGAGCUGUACAUUUUGAGAGUGCGUGGCCUUUUCUCUUUCAAGGAAUAAAUAUGCUGACAAAGCGAGUAACAUUGCAUGCAGUAUAUUGAAUGUGGGUGAUGCAAUCUGCCAUAAAUAGAGACUUGGAAGUGUUAGAAUCUUUCAUUAAUGUUCAAAUUUGGCUUUUUCCCUACCCACUUCACUUCCUGUGAGAGGAAGAGUUAGUCCUUAAAGAAUUGAGUACGGCAUUGGCAGUACUAUUGCUGUUCUGCAUUUCAUAACCAGCCCAACCCAGUGUUUACUGCCCAGGUAUUAUAAAUAAUAACAUGCAGCUUAAUUUCUUACUACAACAUGCCUUUGAAUUUGCAAACUUGACAGAGAGUUUCCUGAAAUUCUUCUCUGACAAGUAUGCAUAUUUUUCAGUUACAUAAGAUGCAAUUAAGGAGACUUCAGGCUACACAAAGGAAUUAUAUGUGAAGCUGGUUAUGUACUAACAGAGCAAUCCUAUACUCUCAUUGUGUCAGGACAGGAGAUACGCUACUGCUACAUCAGCUGUGCAGUUUCCAGUGUAUGCUCAGCCAAAGAGGAGAUGGGGGAGAAAGUACAAAAAAGCAUAAAAGCGAGAAACGUUCAUUGUCUCUGGAAAUGCCGCCAUAGCCCACCCAUCAGUGCCUAUGCUGGCAAUGAUGCCCACAUGCUACCCAUCCAGAAGCAGAGCAUGAACUCUCAACGAUGGGGGUACACCCUCUGCAUGCUCAUACGCGGCAUACGACUCCCAAGGCCCCCCCUUCCAUCCACCCCAGUGGCACAGCUACAACAACACCUCUCCUGCCAAUCUUCAGCCACACCUCCAGGCAGGACCCACUUAUACAUAAAAUAGUCACUAUUUUAUGAGCACAAGUUGCUCAAAGGGGCAGGAAAAGGCACACAGUGCAGGGUAAUGUUAGAGAAUGCUCAUAGGCCCACCUGGUCCCUAUAGGUGUCUGUGAGGGAGCAGUUGCCACCCACAUGAGCCACGACUCUCAGAUUCCAUUAAACAAAAUGUUUCUGGCAUUUAUGGAGGUGAAGCAAAACAUACAGUCUCAUUUGUUUGUGGAAAGCUGGCCUACUCCUGUCUUCUCAGCGUUGAUAACCAAUGAAUGAAGUCAUAGCAGUGACUGACAUUUAGGAAAGCAGCUCUAGCCAGUUAUGCAAAGAGAAGUCUAGAGUGAAACUCCCUCUGUUUAGAGAAGGAGCUUCUUGGCUUGUUUUUAAGCCUUUUAUGUUGGUCUUCCCUAAUGGGGAAGUGAUUGGCGCCCCAUAGAAAUCAAUUCAGGUAUCCAGAAUGUUAGUGUAAUACUGAUUGGGGACUAGUGUGUUGGCUCAAAAACAAAAGGAAUAAGCAAAAGCAGGAGUUUAUGAUCUCUCAAAUUCAGAUCUGAUUUCAUAUAACAAAAUGUAUUUUUUAAAAAAUUGAGUUCUGUUACUGGGUGGGGGUGGGGGUGUAAGAUUGUGCUGUAAAAUACCACCCAUCUUUCCCAUAUAGACACCUCAGCACACACCUGACCUGCUGUAUAUAAGAUGUCUAAGUGCAUUUAAAAUCAUGACAGAAGUUAUUCUUUGGUGAGAGCAAACUAGCUACACAAAUUGAAGUGGUAACUGCAAAAUCUGACACCAACUUAUAGUCAGUCUGAGCUUAGGUAAUGAAGUCCAUCUACUCAUCCGUGAGUCAUUACUUUUGGAGUGGAGAGCGUUACAUAUAGCUGUUAAGGAAAGAGAGCCCAGCCAGGCCUUGUGAGCUAUAUAUCUGUUUAAGGAUUGAUCCUGUCACAUAUUAAAUCAAGGGUGUACUACUUACAGACAUAAGUCACAAAUCAAAUGUGUUUGUGAAGGAGCUGCUGCCCUCUCCUCAUGUAUUUGCAAGUUGCUUAGUGACCACCACCUAAGCUUUUACUGUAAUGUUCUUUUUUUUCCUCCUGCCAUUUUCUUGAUUGCUGUUCCGUGUUUUUGGCUGAGCUUUCAGCCAAUUUAACAUGCAGAUAGUUCCUAUUUUUCACAGAAUUCCAAUUACUUUUGAUACGUGUUGUACCUCUUCAAGUGGUUUUUCUUACCGAAGUACCCUCAGUACAUCUUGGGUGUCAAGGACACCAAAUCAACAUGGGGACUUCAGUAAUUCACACUGGCUGCUAACAUAAGUGGCUUGGAUCAAGACAGGUGGCAUCUGUUGCGUCAAAUUUCUCACUGUACUUUGUACAAUCUUAAGUAGUCUCCCACUCCCAGUAUUCUGGAAUUUGUUGACAUCCUUAUCUCUGGUUGCAUUAUACAUCAGAAUAUUUGCAUAGUUUUAUUAGGUUCCCUAAACCUGUAUUAACAAACAAGGUGUCCAUCUGGCUUUUUAAUAUACUCAUUUAGUGUAUUUCCAAAGCAACCCCUUCACAAGUAAGGAAUUUAAAGUAGCAAACCGGUAUUUCUCCUAAAAGCUACUGUGUGUUUUUUCUGGCUUAUUACAGAUGCAGGAUCAGGUGUGGAAGAAGCAGAAUUCAAUUGGGAGGAGUAUUUGGAAGAUACAGGAGCAACAGCAGCACCUCAUGGCUCGUUUAAACACGUAAGUGAGCAUCUGGUCAGCCUCUCCUCUCUCUUUUUAUGCAUUAUUUGAGUUCUAAUCCCCAGAGAGCCAUAAUGUGAAGAAGCUCUUUUGGUUUCGUAUGCUUGAGAAAUCAAAAUGCAGCUGUUUAGGUUUUUUGCUCCUAUAUUUGGCCUUCUGAAAUGUCUUCACAAGUCCCAUUAGGGGGAUAUGGCAUUAGGGGGUAGCUUCUGUCCUUUGCCUUACAAGGCAGCCCUUGUGUUUCAGUUGGUGCUAGAGAUCAAUCCAAAUAAUGGCUAAUGUUCAUACUUUCAAAGAGAGUGGCCAUUGAUUCUUUGUCCUUCUGUGAUUUGGUGCGGAAUAAGAUCUCUUGCAGUUUGUACAAAUGCCCUAUACGGGCAACAGGUUGUAUCCAGCGCUAGUCUGUGGAACUUUCUCUGCUGGAAUAAGAAACUAGUAGCUCCUUAUAUGUGCAAAUAACAGUUGUUGAGGUUGUACAAUCAAACCUCAGUUGUGGAACGUAAUCCGUUCCGGAAGCUCGUUCGGCUUCUGAAAUGUUCGACAACUGAGGCACAGCUUCCAAUUGGUUUCAGGAGUUUCCUGCACUCAAGCGGAAACUGCGUCGGACAUUCGGCUUCUGAAAAACAUUUGAAAACUGGAGCAUUUACUUCCGGAUUUUUGGCGUUAGGGAGCUGAAACGUUCCAAAAUGGAGGCGUUCGGGAUCAGGUUUGACUGUAGAAGCUAUAUUACGCAGCUUAACAAGUUGCCAGGUACCAGGGUUAUUUUACAAAAAGUUUAAAGAUAUUUUAGUUCCCCACCUGCAUCACUUUUUCAAUGACACCCUGAACAGUGACUUGUUACCGGAGACAGGGUUCUAUUCUAAAUCCUUAAUGCUGGCUUCAAACCAGUUGGCGAACUGCUGCUCUCUUUUGUCAAAAGAAGGCAUAGCCGUGUUAUAGCUAGCCUCUUUGAUGUGGUUCCACCUUGCUUCGACACUGGGGCAGUUAAGUAGAGCUUGUUCAAUGGAAUCAGAGAACCAUUCACAAAGUUUAGGUAUGGCUGUUCUGGGAGUGUUGAUUUGAGGCCACCCUUUCUGCUUUGUGCUAUGGGCCCUCUUUGGCUGGAGAAGGAUUUUGCUCACCACCAGGAAGUGAUCUGUGGCAAUAAAAGUAUAAGGUCAUCCAAACAUUUAAAUACAGUGCAGGGUAAGGGACAUUAAUAUAUAUAUAUUACUAUACACUGAUUACAUUGAUAUAACCACAGCGAUACCGCUAGAAGCCGUGUAACCAUUGCUUGCUGAAUUAGAAGCAUUUAAAAUGGUGGCAGGACUUGAGUAAAUUCUAAGAAAUUAUAGUUUGAAUUUUCAUUGAGCCCUGAAGCACCAAAACAUUUGUUUUUAAAUAAUUAAAUAUCCCCAUAUGCCAUCAUAAUUUUAGAUAUUUUGGCAUCCAAAAUAUUAAAAACCUUAAUAAACCUCUUUUUUCAAAAAUUUGGCCCUAUUUGGUAUAAAAUUACAAAAUAGAGUGUUAGCCAGAAGAAAUUUUCAUUGAUGGAUAGACUCAUAGCUAAAAGCUAUGAAAUGAUUGUGACAUAUCUGAUUCAAUAAUUACCCAUUUGGAUCCUUCUGGAACAGCUCUGCCUAUGGCAGAGAAAAUUAAAAUACUAUAUAUUUCAAUGUAAGAAACCCUGGCUUAAAAGACCAUUGUUAUAUAAGCAGUCCUUGCAUGGUGAAUGUAUAAUCCCGAAUAUUCCCCUGUAUUAUGAGACACAUCAGUUUAAACAUCUGGUCCUAUACAUCGGUGAUGAUAACACUAAACAGUGGGUGUACUGAGAACAGUAUGAGAUAGACAGAAUUCCCUUAAUAGUUCAUCCAUUUUCAAAAUCUAAACUUAGGAACAUAUACUGUAUUAUAAGCAAAUUUACAUCAACAGUUUUUAAAAUCUAGUAGAGUAAGGUGACAAUAUUAAUGCCAGCAUAUUCCCCUAUGAUCCCCAUGAUUUACCACUUCCUUUUAAUAAUAAAGAUAUAUUUAUGGUAUAUUAAUGAUUGGGAAGUGGAAAAGUUUUGCGGAAUGUGCAAUUUUUAUAAAAAAUAUAUAUUCCAUUGAACAAAGAAAUUGGUAGUGACCAUUCUGCAAGAAAUCACAAAUGGUUAUUUUGAAUGAAAUUUCAUCAUUCAUAGCGAAAGCAGCUGUAAAAGCAGCUGCAACCAGACAGUUAUUAAGGAAGGUGCCGGAUAUCUUCUAAUAAAUAUUGAUACAUGUAUAACACAGGGUUUAAAGGAUGCCUGAGAACAGGAUUUUAAAAUACAAACAGAUAAAUCGGCUUGGAGAGACAUCUGGAUAAAAUCACCCUUCAAAUCAGAAUCAGCACAGAAUAAAUGGAGGAUAAAAGGCUGGAGGGACUGCACCUGAAUUGGAACUUAUUUCCAUAUGUGGUGGGACUGUAAGAAAAUUAAGGAUUUCUGGAACAUAGUUUUCUGGGGGGUGGGGAUACUAAUCUUCAAAUAACACCUCAGUUCGCCCUCCUAAACUUGUGUAUGGAACGUAACUUGGGUUUAAUUAAUAAGGACCUAAUAAGCAAUUUGCUCACUUCAGCUGGGCGUUUAUAGCCUGGACUUAGAAAGAGUUAUUGGGAGCCGCAUUGGACACAUAGUAUUAUCAAGUGUGGCAUACUGCAUAGCAAUAUUGGAAAACCUAACUCAUAAACUAAGGCUUAUAAAUGAAGUAGGUACGAGGCAUUUAUGGUCAAACAGCAUGGUUUUAUUUUUCCUUACAAAUAUACAAAAACCGGGCAGGCUCCACAAGCAGCCUGUAUCUGUGACAUGUGAAUCGGGUAGCUCUUGAUUCAAUGAAAUUUGUUAGCAUCCACUUGAUCCAGGUGUGCUGAGGAAAGUAAUAGUAAUAAUAAUAAUAAUAAUAAUAAUAAUAAUAGUAAUAAUAAUUUAUUUGUUUAUACCCCGCCCUCCCCAGUCACACUUUCUCUUUAGAAAUAAUACUGAAGAAACUGGUCAGAUACUCUUAAAGGACCCCCUUCCAAGAAUAAUUGUAAAAACUAUAAUCAUUUUUUCUUUCGUUUAAAAUAUACCUUUAUAUAUAUAUUCCUUUGUUUCUCCUCUGUUUUCUGUAUUCCCUAGUAAAAUAUUCUUGCUGCUAUUUUGAUUUUAUAACAUAAAAAUGUAUUUUUUUUAAUUAAACGUUUUCUAAGGAGGUAUUUGGGACGCAGGUGGCACUGUGUGUUACACCACAGAGCCUAGGACUUGCCGAUCAGAAGGUUGGCGGUUCGAAUCCCCGCGACGGGGUGAGCUCCCGCUGCUCGGUCUCUGCUCCUGCCAACCUAGCAGUUUGAAGGCAUGUCAAAGUGCAAGUAGAUAAAUAGGUACCACUCCAGCAGGAAGGUAAACGGCGUUUGCGUGUGCUGCUCUGGUUCGCCAGAAGCGGCUUAGUCAUGCUGGCCACAUGACCCGGAAGCUGUACGCCGGCUCCUUUGGCCAAUAAAGCGAGAUGAGCGCUGCAACCCCAGAGUCGGUCAUGACUGGACCUAAUGGUCAGGGGUCCCUUUACUGUUAAGGAGGUAUUUGGAGGAGAAACCUGAUUGCUGCUGUUAUUAACUUUGCUUAAUAAUUUUAUUGUUGUUCUAAUGGAUUGUAUUCUCAAAUAAAAUUUUAAAAAGCUAGUUCACGCCUUUGUGACUUUAGUCCAUCCUCUUCUAGUAUGCCACUGUUUUCCUUUAGUGAACUUGCAAAGCUUCAUUGUCCACAGUCGUUUCAACCCACCUAAGUUGGUUUGGCUGCUAUAAAAUUUAUGAGAUGUUUUUUGUUGUAGCUUUUGGAAAUUAUAGGUGGCAAAAGUAUUUGAGCAAAGUGCUGGAUUUUGGGACAGCGCUUGGUUUGUUCCUACUUCUCUAGGUGCUCUUGAUUGGACAGUUUCAAAAUGGGUAGUGGAAGAAGGAAGCAGCUUGUCGGGACAAAAGAGCCCCCGUAUUGGUCGGCACAUACAAUGGUACCUUGGUUGUCGAACAGCUUAGCUCCCAAACAAAUUGGCUCCCGAGCACUGCAAACCUAGAAGUUUUUUGGAAGCCGAGCAUCUGGCGCAGCUUCCAAUUGAGUGCAGAAAGCUCCUGCAGCCAAUCGGAAGCCGCACCUUGGUUUUCGUUCCGGGAGUCGAAUAGACUCCCAGAACGGAUUAUGUUCAACACCCAAGGUACCACUGUGCGUUUAUCAUAUACCUUAUGAAUUUCUCAUCAGAGUCUGCAGUAAGCCCAGUAGAGUUGCUGAGACAACCAUGUGUGGCUCAGCAGAAGUAGCAUGUACCAGGGACAAGGCUUUUUUUUAAAAAAAAAAAAAAGCUGUUGAAACUCAAAGUAGUUUUGGAAAUGGAUGUGGCCCCAUGUCAUCCCUGAAAGAAGGGCCUACAGAAGAGACUAAUAAAUAAAGGGCUAUAGUCCUGUGGAAGAUGGGAGUUGAAGAAUGGGCAGAAAGCUUGCUGUGGUUGCCCAGCAAUAUAGAGCUUUGUUCUUGGCAUGGCUUUUUAUUUUAUUUUAUUUUUUUUACUUUUCAUAGUAGAUAUUUAAAUAUAUUUCACUUGGGAAGUAUGCUGAAGUAGCUUCUGACUUCAGUUUCUGGCUGGGUUGCUCUUUUGUUUUGUUGUUUAAAAGUCCAUCACAACUGCAGACUAUCCAAGGGAGUUUUUUUUUAAAAAAAAAUUAAAUUUGGCAAAGUUCAAGCUGGGAUAUCACUUGCAAUUUUACUCAGCUAAACUGUUGCUUUACAGAUUUAAAGCCUUUGCUGCUUCAAGGAUUUAAGCCAAAUUGGAACACUGUUUCUCCAUGUUCACAAAUUAUUCAGUAUCUAUACCAGCACCUUUCUGCUUCAUCCUUACAGAACUAAGGUUGCCCUCUUGUGGCUAAAUCAAUGCCUUUUGUGAACCUGUGCAAACUAUACUUGCCCUGUAAUUAACCUGUGGCAGGCUUAACGUAAUACCUUUGCAGUCUUCUAUGCAACUGGGGUUGCAAUUCUAUUAGGGCUGUAUUCUGAAGAUAUUUUUCUUCCUUAAUCAAUUUGCUUUUCCACUUGCUUAACAGUAAGCCAAUAAGUUUAGUUUAAUAAGCCACAGUACUGUGCAUGUGCUAUGUGUUGGUGCAUGUAGCUUGAUUGCUUUUGCUUUGCUCCCCCCUUGGCAUGAACAGACAAACAAACUGAGAGGGUGUGUGCUUAGUGUAAUAUCUGAACCUGGGAUGGUAGUUUGUAGUUAGCAAGCCUUGAUGUGCAAGGCAACAAGAAGUCGGAUUAACAGUCAUGGCUUGUUGAGAAAGACACCACGAUUCUGAGCUCAGGUGCAAAAUUAAGCUUCCUGGUGCAGAAUUAAGCCUCUUCCCUCUAGGGGAGGAGUGAAAUGGGAGUAACUAUGCACAGUAUGGUUUAUUAACAGGUUUCUUCGUUUACAAUUACAUGUGAACAUGGUCACUAUAAAGUAAUAUGCAGAUAGAUAGAUAGCUACACACACAAUUGUCUAAAUCGCCACACUUUAAAUCAGGAAGUUAUUUUUAGUCUUAUUCACAUAUGUCUUCUGGUCUGAAGUUUGCAACCAUUAGAAGCCAGGGGAAAAGAGGUGUGCUUAAUUAACUAUUUUUAAAUAGUUACAAAUAGUUAAACAGUUAUAAAUCUAUCAAUUAAUUAAUCCGUCAGUAUUAUAAUUGCUGCAGUCACAUCUACAGAUUAUAUUUUGGAUGCCUGCAUUCCUAGACAGCUGGUCACCUGCAACUAUUUUUUUCAUAGUGAAUGCCCUCACAAAUAAAAAAGAACGAAAUUAGUUCCCUUCGCUCUUCAUCCCACUGCAAUCUUACCAGGCUGCCAUAAGAGGGUGCUGUUUGAGCAUGAGUGACAAGUUUAUAAUAAGUACUGUAUCUUGUUUCUAAUCCACAAAUAUUCCAGCCACAAAUAUUUGUACCAAAUAAGAUGUGAAUCCUGUUUUGUGUGUGCUUGUAAUUGUUUGUUUUUCCUUCUUCUUGCUGUUGGUUGUUCCUACUAUGUUUGCCACAUAGAUGUCCUCAGAAGAAAGGGAUUCAUUCUCUCUUUCCUUUCUUGCAUUGUCGUGGGUGACAUAUUAGGAAACAGAUUCUGCCUCAACUGCUUGAUGCAUCUCAUGCCAUGCUUGCAGGAAAGAAGGGGAGGGCAGUAUAUGAUAGCAGGCACACUUCUCCUUUAACGCGGUGUAAAAUACAACAGUAGAUUGGAUUUGAAGCUAACCUGAUACAUAUGACAUGCUGCAGAGUAAUUUCAUUUGCUUAUCUAAUGGAAAGGGACACCAGCUUCGGUUCUGUUUUGGGGAGAGGAUUACAUGCUGUUUUUACUCCUGAUGCAAAUAGUUAUUUUAUUGAACAUGCUAUCCUGUUAAGGAUCAGUGUGUAGCAAUUUUUCUUUCCUAUGCAGAGGAAAGUAGGAUUUACAAGUGUAAAAUUUUAAUUCAAGUUGGGGGCGAUCAUUUGGUGGUAUGUUGUACUGUGGCACACAGAUAAAUAAAAAUAGGAUUUUGAAAAGGGGUUGUCUGGUAAGGAAAGUGAGGUUAUAUUUUGUGCUGAGAAAGCAUUGAAGUUUUCAUGCCAAACUUAAAAGCGUCAGAAUUUUAUAUUCUAUUACUGUUCUGUUAUUUAACCCAGUAAUGGAAUCAAAUUUAGUUAAUAAUGGCUUCCUUAUUACACAUAUUGUAUGCAAAGAGAGAGGUUUGAAUGCUUGACACUGAAAUGCAUGGGAAAGCUUCUCUUUUCUUCCUACUCCCCCCCCCCCCAAGAAAUGAGAUUAAAGUGCUGGAGCUGGUUAUGUACAUAUGAUUGGCCUUGUUAAUGUCAGCUGAAGAGGAAAGUAACUCAUGCGAUAUGAUCAUUUAAAAUUAAUUCAUAAAUUAAUAAACAAUUGUUUAUUGGCUGUAGGUUUAAGGUGGGGUGUUUUUUUUUUAACGUUGUCCUGCUUUAUUAUAGGAUGUAAAUUACUCUUCUCAGUCUCCUUUUUAUGCAAUGUCUAAACUCAAGGACUGAUAGGUUUUCAUCAUAAGCUGCAGGGUUGAAUUUUUCUCACAAUUUUCCGCAUCACAGUUGCCUUCUAAGUCACAGUUAUGUUUGUCAUCUAACCUUAAUUGCCUUUCUCUUGGGAUAGGUUUGAAACUCCUUAUUUUUGAUGUUCCUUCCUAAUCCACAUUUGUUUGGUUUUGUCUUGAGAAGCACAGAUUCCUUUGUUACCAAUCCUUAGUAACACCUUUCUAUCCAUUUUAUACAAUUUUCACUUGGUCACCAGAUCACUAAAAAGCUUUUUCUGCAUCCUAAUUGGUCUGUUAAAUUUAAUCUGUUCUCCUGAGUUUGGAUAGCACACAAUGGAUAUUUUAGAAUUAUUUUUUAAAUUGCCCACUCCUGUCAUUGGUGUUUUCUAGCUGUGUUGUGUUCACUUACCUUUGGGUGUUGAGAUAAAAUCUUCUGAAAUAAGUAAACGUUACUUCUGCUUUGCCAUUUAUCAUUGUGUCCAGAUCUUGUGGCCAAUUUUUCCCAAUGUACCCCAUUGUCAGUUGGUUCUUCAUUGACCAAAAGCAAAUCCCCAAAAAAGUUUGUUCCUUGGUUUCUACAUCAUUGUGUUUUUUAAAAAAAGUUGUUCCAGAUCCAUGCAAAAUGUUUUUAAAAUUAAGUGAUCAAAUUGCAACCAUGGAGCCAUGCAUUGAUGUGUUGCUUGCUUUCUCUUUUUAGGUGGACACUAGCCUGCAAAAUGGCUUUGCACCAGGCAUGAAAAUAGAGGUUGCUGUCAAACCUGGCCCUGAUACAUACUGGAUUGCUACAAUCAUUACCACUUGUGGGCCAUUACUGCUAUUGCGAUAUGAUGGGUAUGGAGAGGACAGGAAGGCAGACUUUUGGUUUGACAUCAUGACAGCUGACUUGCAUCCAAUUGGGUGGUGUGAGCAGAACAAGAAGACUCUCAAAGUGCCUGAAGGUAACAGUCCACCAUGGGGAGAAGAAUGUUUCAAUAAAGUAAACCUCCUAAAGGUGAUAUAUAUUGCAGGAGACAAAGCCCUGUUUUAAGAUUUUUGCAUAAUCUUCUGUGCUCAGCUGUCCAUGUUGUUGUUUAGUCGUGUCCAACUCUUCGUGACCCCAUGGACCAGAGCACGCCGGGCCCUCCUGUCUUCCACUGCCUCCCGCAGUUUGGUCAAACUCAUGCUGGUAGCUUCAAGAACACUAUCCAACCAUCUCAUCCUCUGUCGUCCCCAUCUCCUUGUGCCCUCCAUCUUUCCCAACAUCAGGGUCUUUUCCAGGGAGUCUUCUCUUCUCAUGAGGUGGCCAUAGUAUUGGAGCCUCAGCUUCACGAUCUGUCCUUCAAGUGAGCACUCAGGGCUGAUUUCCUUAAGAAUGGAUAUUCUUCAGCUGUCCAUAAACUUCUACUAAGAAUCGCUUUGUAUCGAUUACACCUGCAAACACUAUCAUCACUUGGCUGAAACAGCUGUAGAUGAAUCUGUUUUUCACUUGGCUAUUUGUUAAUGUACCUGUUGGACCCAUUCUUAUUUGUAACGACUAUCUGUCUCUGUGCUUGUGAUAGUUCAAUUCCUCUGCUUGACCUCUAGGAAGAUGAUGGUUGAGAUCACACAAAAAAUGUUACUAACUUCAAGUUCUGGUGCUGAGCAAUGCAAAAGUUGCAAAUCUUCUUAAGAUUGGACAUGACCCCUGCUGUUGACUUUCCCCAGCAUAAAUAUAACUCUAUUCUACGUUAUUAUAAGAUAGGAAGAGUAAAUACUGAACAACAUUUUUUUCCCCUUUUAGGCAUCAAAGAUAAAAUUUCUAACCAGGAGGAAUUCCUUCAGCAGACUCUGAAAGGAGCAUGCAGUGCUCCUGCCACUCUUCUAGAAGGUGUAAGUGUGCACAUGGAUCGGCAGCAAUAAAAAUACUUCGCUCUUAUUACGUCUUAAACCAAUACCUAUUAAAGCCCUUUGUGUUAGACUUUGCGGCUACAAUAGUCUUCUGGUACAACUUCAUUUUUCCCUUUACCAAAGUGAAUGUUCUGACAGCUGAGAAUUCACCUUUAAAAGGGCACAAUAAAAUGUAAACAUAUAAUUUAAGCAGCAAUCCUAACCAUGUCUGCUCAGAACUAAAUUAUGUUAAAUUCAAUGGGACAUGGCCCUUCUUAGAAUAUACUUUAAUGAUUUAUUAUUAUUAUUAUUUUAAAAACUACACACUUUCAAAAUGGUGUUUUUCCUCCAGUGAAGGUCUUUUGAUGUAGCUGACCUAUUUUGCUUUCUUGCUUUUAUGUAAAAGAAAAACAUUUUGUUCUGGUAGAACUGGAAAAGUUUCCCCCCAUACUUCCAAAGAUAGCCAGAGAUCAGAUGUCAAGGAAACAACUAUCUGACUUAUAGAAGACAUCUGAAGGCAGUCCUGUUUAGGGAAGUUUUUAAUGUUUGAUGUUUUAUCGUGUUUUUAAUGUUCUGUUGGGAGCCACCCAGAGUGGCUGGGGAAACCCAGCCAGAUUGGCGGGGUAUAAAUAAAUUAUUAUUAUUUAUUAAUUUGUGAUUAUGUGGGCUAAUUAGUGAAUUCAGAUUCCAUUACUAGGUUUUCUUAUACUUUUUUUGCUGUUUUGGGAAGCUAAUCUUUCAGCAAAACAGCCUAGCAGUGGUAUCUAGUGAAAAUAAUACAAGUAUUAAAACAUAAUAAUUUGUUUAAAACACAAGACACUCAGCUAUCCCCUGGAAGAGAGGAAACUGGUGGAACACCAAUGAGUUCCAGUUCAAAAGGGUACAUGCUUAAAGAGAAGGUUGAUAACCCAGGUAACCAACCAUUCUGCCUAUAACCACCGACAUGAUUUCAAGGUCUGAAUGGGAAGGAUGGUAGGAAAUGGCAGAUUGCUUGUCCUUCCACAGUAAUCACAAGCCUGGCAGUAAUCACAAACCUGUGUCAUAGGCACUAUCAUCACAAAGACAGAAGGCUGAGAAAGUAGAUCUGACUAUGGAUAGAGUGCAUAACAAUAUAUUUAUAGAGAGUCAAUAUGACAAAGGUGGGCUUCCUAAAACAAAUGCAACCAAUAGUAUUUGCUAAUCUUUCCCUUAUAAAUAAAGUUGCGUAAGCAUUUUAAAAGGAAACAGUAGGUCAUUUUUUCCAGCCCCAAAUUGUUUUUGAAAUCGCUUGAUAAGAAAGCAUGAAGACAAAUGCUGGUUCCUACUCCCUAUAUGAAUUACAAAUUACCAUGAUCUUAACUGUGUGCCUAUCAAGCUUUUAAGUGGAAGCUGCAGUGCCGUGAAUAGGAAAUAGGACUACAUUUCCACAUCUUGCCAGAAUUCCUGAUAACUUGUUAGUUGACCCAACAGUAUUCAUAGUUGAUGUCUGUGUAUAACUCAGCAUAAGCAAUGAAGAAGGGACGCGGGUGGCGCUGUGGGUAAAACCUCAGUGCCUAGGACUUGCCGAUCGUAUGGUCGGCGGUUCGAAUCCCCGCAGCAGGGUGAGCUCCCGUCUUUCGGUCCCAGCUCCUGCCCACCUAGCAGUUCGAAAGCACCCCUAAGUGCAAGUAGAUAAAUAGGUACCGCUUUAUAGCGGGAAGGUAAACGGCGUUUCCGUGUGCUGUGCUGGUGUUGGCUCGCCAGCUGCAGCUUCGUCACGCUGGCCACGUGAUCCGGAAGUGUCUCCGGACAGCGCUGGCCCCCGGCCUCUUAAGUGAGAUGGGCGCACAACCCUAGAGUCGGACACAACUGGCCCGUACGGGCAGGGGUACCUUUACCUUUAAGCAAUGAAGAUGGAUAUUUUGUCUUGAUAGCUUUUCAAGGCAGGUGAUUAGAUAGCUUACCAUUUAUCUUCCUUUUCCCACUUUCCUCCACAGCUCCAUCGAGGGAAUAAUCCCUUGGACCUCAUUGCUCCUGGUUCAAGACUAGAAUGUCAGCACUUGAAUGAUUCUCUAGGAGCUUGGAUAGUCAAUGUUUUGGAAAAUGUUGGUGGAAGGCUCAAACUACGUUAUGAAGGACUCGGAGAUUUAGAUCAGUAUGACUUAUGGAUGUUCUAUUUGGAUCCCUUUCUCCAUCCAGUGGGCUGGGCAACUCAACAAGGAUACAUCCUUGAACCUCCACGAGGUAUAAAACUGCAUUUUCAGUUUGGAGUGCAAGGUUUGAAGCUUUUGGUGUUUGGACACACACACACACAAUAGUGGUUCCUCGGUUUUCGAAUGUAAUCCGUUCCGGAAGACCGUUUGAAAAUUGGAAACUCAAUAUGGCAGCCUCAAAACGUAUGGAAAACUCAAACAGGAAGCCGCCUCAGAAGUUCGACUUCCGAGGUGCAUUCGAAAAUGGAAGCAUUUACUUCCGGAUUUUCAGCAUUUGAAAACCGAAACGUUCGAUGCUCAAAAACUGAGGUACACAUACACACACACACACACACACACACACACACACACUUGUACUUGCUUUUGGAAUUGUCAACAAUACUCAUCUGCUCAGAGCAGCUAUUUUAAAAGAAUAGAAAAACACGUAAAUUUCCCUAUAUUGUACCCCCGUCUGUUGUUUGGGGUAUAUUGACAAGACCAAACAGAGAAUCUCUGGGAUUUGGCAUUUGCUAGUAUGCUAUGCUACACAGAGCUAUACAAUAAGGAAAAAUAGGCACAGGAAAAAGAGAGAAUGCUUGCAUACAUGAAUUUGUCUUUGUAUUCCCUUGGGCUUGUUUUCAUUAACCUCGAACGGUAUUCUGUGGUCUCAAUUUAAGGAACUUUCAGUCUAGUCAGAAAUCAUACUGUGUCUUCGCCGACAUCACAUGAAUAGCAUGGGACUGUUCCAAACCUGGAGGCUUUGCAUUUUCUUCUUAAAGUUUAUCUGAGCUGCAGACACAAUUGCCAUGAAAACAGGCAAAUUGCUCUAGAUACAUAGAGUCUGGUAGUUCUUUUGUUGUCUGUGAAUAAACUUGGAGCAAUACACAUGCUCUGCUCUGCUCACACUCUGGGCAUGGAGAUGCACUUUUAGGCCCGCAACCCAAGGGCACACAUAAAUAGUGCACUGGAGAUAAGUUUAAGGAUUCCUUAUCAGCAAUUUGCCCUCCCCUCCAACUCCAUCUCCAAACUGCUUAUGUAAAAAAGCAAUUAAAAGAUUUUGCAUGAGAACUAUUAAAAGGAAGUCUCAGUGGAAAAUGCAAGCAUGCAUUGCGGGCAAUUUAAAAACCAUUCAAUGUAGGGCUCAUAGGGAGUGUUCAAUGGGGGAGGGGAAAUGGCACCCUCUCUGUAACUUUUGAGUUGAUUUUCAGAUCGUUGACUUAGUCGUGUAGUGUAAUGGACUAAUUUUUAAAAGUGUGGCGCUUUACUCAGACUACCAUUCUUUUAUUGAAGCUGUUAGGCAUUUGAAGACUGAAGCAGAAUGGCAGGAUAUUCUAGAAAAAAUAAAAGAGGAGGAAGAAGAAUCUUUGGUUCCCACUGAUCUAUUUAAGGUACAAGAGCUGGAAUUUGCUAUCGGAUCACUACACCCGGCCUGAGUGCUUUUAACAAAUGGUAUGGUUAAAUAUAAAGACCUAGAUGCAGAGUUCACAUCAGUUGAACUCCACCCACAAAACGCUCCUGCUGGAGGAAAGCAGGGAAGGAUGGUGAUUUUCAGAGUCAUUUGUUGUGCGCCCACUGAGAAGCUGUUCUGGGUGGUUGGGGCAUAGCUGUCAACUUUUCCCUUUUCUUGCGAGGAAUCCUAUUCGGAAUAAGGGAAUUUUGCUUUUAAAAAGGGAAACGUUGACAGCUAUGGGUUGGGGUCCCUUUUGGAAUAGUAUGGAAGGGGGCAAGGGAAGUGGGAAUCAGUGAAAAUCAUCACCUUUCCUCCAUCAGUAGGCUCCACUGGGUUUUGGUUCCUUCUGUUGCUCAAGCUGCAUGAAGUUCUUUGCACAUUGGGUCUUAUAGGCUGAGGUAAAUGAGCACCUGAAAUAGACAUGACAUAUUAAAAUCAAAUAAAAUGGGUACAGUGUUGACUCCUCCAGCUACAGACACAAAACUCCAAACCAAAUAAGAGUUUUGCAACACUUUCUUAAAGGUGUUUUGACUUCGCCAUGUUUUUCAGAGGCACCACACUCCAUAACUGUGGAGAGAGGUAGUACCACUGCAUGCUCUUUAUGUCUUAACUUGGUUUCUAGGUGGCACAGUACAUAUGACACUCUAGGUUGGUCUUAGUUUGCUAGGUCAAAGGGGAAAAGGAAGUCUAUGAUUUGGUCCUUUGACUAGAAGGCAGUAUAUAGAGUUAAUGCGGAUUCUGUGGUAUAUUUUCCCAUUAACCUACGUUUGCCCUAAGUGACCUCCCACAUUUUCGAAAACAUCAUCAAUUGCAGGCCUCUCAGAAAUAAGAUUAUCCCAACCAAGCAAAGUUACGGUUGAUUGCCUGUGACAUUAUACUUAUUUUAUUCUGUGCUAGAGAUCUAGUUCAUUUUGUUCAAUUUCAAGUGACAAGAGUUUCCUGGACUGGUUUUUUGUUUUUACAUUAAAUGGUCUCUCUACGAACCAGGAGAGUUUUCUAAAUGCCUUCAUUAUGCUGCAGAUUAGAAAUUCCUGGGUGAAAAGUAUUAUGUCAAAUCCCAGUCUCGCUGAACUGAAAAUGUAAUGUCCAUUUUAGUAAGAGAGCAAUUGCUGCCAGCUUUCAUUUGCUGGCUUCCUGUAAGUGAAAUAACUUUUGAAAUGCCAGGAUGAACUAGUGUGAUUCUUGUUGAAAUAUUAAAGGAUAAGGUUAUGUCGUCUCUUGUGCUAGUGGAAGAUACUAGGCAUCUCUUCUACUUUGAAGAAUUUUCUGUUUCAAUGAUAAAGGACCUCAAUGAUAAUUUAAAAUUUUCGUGUUGUCAUUUUUAGGACAAACCUGUUGUUGGAAUUCAUUCAUUCUCUGUCAACAUGAAGUUAGAAGCUGUUGAUCCCAAAGCUCCUUUCGUCAUCUCGCCAGCCACAGUUACAAAGGUACCCAAUUAUAUUCUGAAGUUCUCUGGCUCCAAGAUGUAACAUUUUAAACAUAUUCUAUUUUUCCAUCUUCCCAUUUUGGCAUCAGCAAGGUAACUUUCUGGUUCUGUUCACUUUAAUAUAAUUUUGUGUAUACUCAGUGCUCUUAGGAAAUAAAGACAUGUUUCCUGAGUUCCUUAAUGAGGUCCCCACUUUUGAGUCUUCUGUUCUUUCAUGAUUUAUUUCAAUGAAUGACCCAUAUGCAGUACUCACUAUAAAUUACAUAUGUCCAUAGGCAAUCCCCCUCGGUUUUUUUGUUGUAAAAGUAACUUUCUUUUCAGUUCAGAACUCUUACAAGUCUAGGUGUCAUGACAAUGUCUAGAAUAGAUGCACAAUUCUUGUCAUUUUCUCAGCAGUAAACUGUCAGAGCAGCUAUAAGUUCUGUCAACAGUAUCAACCUUUCUUUUUCUGUCUACCCAACAUUCCCUUUAUCUUACAUGCUUUACGUUUCUAUAUCUUAUUCCUUCUAAGAUGGCUCAUCAAAAUUUUCACAUAAAAUAGCUUAUCUGUUUGAGAAAUUCAGAUGGCAUUUUCACACUCCCAUUCCUGUCUAGGUACAUUUUUCUUCACCUUCUAAUCAACUACACAUUUAACACAGUCCCUCUGCUGCCCACAAUCUAAUCAACUUCAGCAGCUCAUUAUUGUGUUUAUCUUGUUUAAUUACAGUUCAUAUGAGUCAUCCUUGUCAUGGGAUGAGUCCUUGGAAUUAUAGGAACAAGUGUACUUUUCCACCUUCUUAAUUUUACUUUAUAUGGCUAUAGCAGGGGGAAUUCCUUGUUUUAAUCAGCCCAUUUUUAUUUAUUUAUUCUAUUUCUAUAAAACGGUGUUAAUUUCUGUUUAUUAAACUUUCUUGGUGUCUUAGUGAUUUGACUUUUCCAUACAUAAGGUAAAGGUAAAGGUACCCCUGCCCGUACGGGCCAGUCUUGACAGACUCUAGGGUUGUGCGCUCAUCUCACUCUAGAGGCGAGCCAGCGAGCCAGCGCAGCACACAGAACGCUGUUUACCUUCCCGCUAGUAAGCGGUCCCUACUUGCACCCGGGGGUGCUUUCGAACUGCUAGGUUGGCAGGCGCUGGGACCGAGCGAUGGGAGCGCACCCCGCCGCAGGGAUUCGAACCGCCGACCUUUCGAUCGGCAAGUCCUAGGCGCUGAGGCUUUUACCCACAGCGCCAACCGGGUCCCUCUUUCCAUACAUAAUCCAGUUCAAAUUCUUGAUUUUUCUGACUUUAUUUCUUGAGAAGCCUAAGAUCUCCUCUUGCCCUUUUUGUCUUGCUUCUUCCUAUAUAAAUGUGCAAUGUUUGACCUGAGCGUGUUCCCACUUCACUAUAUCCUCCUUUCAAAACGCUUCAAGCUUCUGAUCAUGCUUGUGGUACUUUACAAGCAUGAGGUUCCGCAUGCUCAAAGAGCUUUUCAGGGUUGUAUUUCUCCCAUUCCUCAUGACAGAUUACUUUUGAAAUUGACGUGACUUUCAAAAGUAAUGUGUAGUAUUUCAUGUGGGCGGGCGGGCUGUUCAAAGAAAACUAGGUAACUCCCCAUUGGGCAUGCUCAGUCCUUGGGCACAUUGAACACGGCUCUGUAUCCUAGCCAAUAAAUAACAAAGAAUUGUAUCCAACUAGGUCCUCCUCAGAGUUGACCCGCUGAAAUUAAUUAAUGAACCUUAGUCAUGGUCAUUCAUUUCAAUGUGUCUGCUCUUAAUAAGACUAACAUUUGAUACAACCCACUAUUAGCAGUAGGACAGUGACUCAGAAAGUUUUAUAUGUUAGUAAAGUGAACUUUGUUUCAAAGUCAUUCCUUUGUCUUUUUGCAGGUGUUUAAUGAUAAAUACUUUUUGGUAGAAAUAGAUGAUUUGCGACCAGAAUAUACCACAAGCCGGUCUUACGUCUGUCAUGUCAACAGUCCUGGUAUUUUCCCUGUGCAAUGGAGUCUAAAAAAUGGCUUGCAUCUCAGCCCUCCACCAGGUGUGUAGCCUAUGCCGUCUAUUUGCCUGCUCUCAUACGAGCAGUUGAACUGGAAGCGUUACACUUUUAUCUCUGAAAACACUUCUAUUCCGCGUAUUGCAGAGACUGGGACAAUUUAACAGCAAGAUUUCUUAAAAUGACUAUAAAAGUGGUGUGGGAAAGAUGUUGGGCCUAGGCUUUUCAAGCAGUGUGAAAAGCCUAGCUUGAGAAUGUGAAGGCAUUUGUGUGUCCUCAGGAACUACUCAUAUCAUUCUCAAACUUACUUAAGCCAGUAUGGGAUAGACAAAUGUUGAACAAGGAGUAGAGAGAUCCUGGCAUAAAUCCCACACAACUAUGAUGCUCUUUUGGCAGGCUGUCUCUCAGUUUAACUUACCUAAGAGGGUGGCUGUGAGGAUAAAAUGGAGGAGAGGAUCAUGGCUACUACGCUGACCUCUUUGUAGGAAGGAUAAGAUAAACAUGCAUUAAUAAAUAAGAGUCAUUUGUUUGCUCAUUCAUAGGUUAUCCUGGGCAAGACUUUGACUGGGCAGAUUAUCUCAAGCAGUGUGGAGCAGAGGCUGCUCCCCAAAGCUGUUUUCCCUCGGUAAGCAUUCACAAUAUAAUGUGUUUAUUCAACGGUGAAUAUUUUACUUAGUUUGUAAAGCUUGUUAACCACACCACACAGUGGAAAAAAGAAUUAAAGUACUGGUGAUUUGAGGGCAAAGCGUCCCAAAAUAGUCUAAAGAGAUGUUUAAUAUUCAACUUAUUCUGCAAGAAUUGAUGGUAUCUCAAGGCUUGGAAGUCGAACAAUGGCAUUAUGCAUCUUAGGCCACAAACAGGAUAUGAAGUGUUUGAUGUGUAGGUGAGGGUUCACCUGAUGAAAUGUUUCUGGGAGGUGGGCUGAAUUCAGCCCCUAGAAUAUCGGGGAGAUGGCUCAACUAGUAUCCUUCUCCCUGAAAUCUAAUCUUUGAGGUUCUGGGAUUCUUACUGCUUUUCUUACUGCACACAUGGGAAGCACUUUGGUGGGGAGGGUAAGUGAAUUUUGCUUUCUGACAGCAAGCCCUUCAAGCCAUGUGGUAUUUUGUUCUAGAGAGUCAUCAGCCUGUCGGAGCAAUUUUUUGGUAAGGGACGCUGAUGGGAGGGGGAAGCCUGGUGCAUGCAUGGAACAUUUCAUGCAGCCUUUUGGAUUCUCCCUCAAGGCAUGGAAGAGUAAACCAUGUAGGUUCCCACUUUAGUUUGAAGUGGCACAGCCCAGACACAAGUUUACCACCUUGUUGGCUCUUUGUGAGAAUUGAUUUAUCCUUUGUACAGGAAGUAGGCUUCUUAUUUUGUGUAUGCUUAUCUCCACUAUUGCAGUUUAAUUUUGAUCUUGAGUAUAUGUGGGCUUGAAGCAGAGUCUCUUGCAUGUUCUACUGUAAAUUCAAUUAUUUUUUCUUCUUUUAAUACUUUUUUUGAAUGCCAGGUUGAAAUUCCCUUAGUAAUCUACAAGAAGCCGCUUGCUGAUUAUUGUUUUGAACUUACCAUUUAAAUCCCUGGUGAUUCCCUUCAAUGGUCUGUGUUUAAUUUGUUCUGAAUGUUUUUCCUGUUUGGUAUAUGAAUUGGGUGCCCUUAAAAUUGCAUGUUCCACCUAAGUGUUUUUUCCUUCUUUUUCCUUCUUUUUUAGCUGACUUCUGACCAUGGCUUUAAGGAGAACAUGAAACUUGAGGCAGUAAACUCACAAGACCCUGAAGAAAUUUGUGUAGCUACUGUUACAAAGGUGAAGGAUUCCUAUCUCUGGCUACAGCUGGAAAGUAAGUUAUAUUUUGAAAGGUAGAUGUUUUGAAUUUUGUUCGCCUUCCCCAUGUAGCAUGUUAAUGUCACUGCCUUAUCUGAACAUUAUAAAUCCUUACCAGAACACAGUCUUACUCCUAAAAAUGGCUCUGAAAACAGCUGUUCCAGCCCAUGGUUUUGUUUUAUUUUUUUGCAACUCAUGAUAAAACCCUUAUAGGAAACAAUCAAAGGCUUGUUUCCUGACAGAUUCCUUUUUGGAGGGCCUGCCAUGCUACUUAUGUCUGAUUCAAAUGUGCAGGUACACAGAUAUAUAUUAUAGCAAGUGUUGUGUUCUGUUGCGAGUCCAGUUGCAACAACCAUUGAUUUGGGCUAUGUGUUCCAUUUGUCUCUUAACAGGUUCUAAAAUGCCAGUCCCUGAAUGCAUAGUGAGUGUGGAAUCUAUGAAUAUAUUUCCAGUAGGCUGGUGUGAAACAAAUGGAUAUCAGCUUAGACCUCCUCGCAGGGCAGUAGGUAUGACUAAUACAAUUACUAUACUACAAGAUGGAGUGGAAUGUAUUGCAGAAUUGAUUGUUGUAUUUCAGAGUACUAUGGUAUAUAUGCAUUUCUUACAUAACAAUGGUAAAACAAUCGUUCUGUAGCUCUAUCAAACAGCACGAGAGCAAGUCCCUAGAGAGGAAGGACUGUGGAAGGUUUUAAGACAUUUUUAAUUAAUACUUUGAGAAUCUAGAACUCACUAGAGCUUACUAUCAAGGCAACCUUUUGGGGAUACUUGGAGCAGCAGUAGAUGGGCAGUGUGCAAGCCCUUGCAUGUAGAUUCAGAGCACCCUUCAAAUUGGAGAAAUGCCUGUUUGUAAGCUUAGGAAACUGAAAAGCCUGUGUGUUUACACUUGAAAGUUCAGGGAUUUUCCCGUGUUUGGUUCUUUGCUCAUCUCUUCAUGUUUCACAAGAAAGUUGGGUCUCAAUUCCCCAGGCAGUGAUGAAACAUGACUAUUAUCUGAAGCCUGACUAUGUAAAUGUUGAAAUUCUGCUUACAGAAGAUUAUAAAAUAAAAAGUGUGUGUUAUCAUUGGAAAACUUUUUUAAUGAUACACUGGUUAUUCAUUGACUUUCACCUUGGCUUACAGUGAACAAGGAAAAGAAAAUUGCAGUGGUCCAACCAGAGAAACCGUAAGCAUUGAACUUAUUUCACAUUGCUAGCAAUGGACUGUUUUUUGAGAAGCUUGAAUGCAGUUAACUAGAGCUCACUUACUUAGUAGUUGGAAAUAUUAUGCAUGUUUGUGGCUCUGUCAUGCUAUGAUACUCUCUGGAUAUACCAUAACUACUUUUCUUCUAAAUCAGCUGCAUCUUUCUGAACUGUUCUCAGGUCAUAUUGGAGGUGUGCACUUUUCCAUUAGUUAGGACAGCUUUGGGUAUUACUUUUUUUAAUUCACCCUCACGUCCCUUUCAUAAGUGCUGCUUGAAAGGUUGUUACUUAAUUCUUUUUCACUUUAGGUCCCCAAAUGUUCCAUGAGUCACGUAGGUGGUUAGCCUCACAAAUCUUCAUUUGGAUGGCAAUAGCAGAUGGAUGCUGUUAGAAGAAAUAAUUCCAUACUUUGCUUGAUACACAACGGUUCUGUGGAAGUGGCCUGCCAUCAGUGGAUCUUCUUGUCAUAUAAUAGUUGGAUUGAGAUGUUAAUAUCUAUACCAGGGGUAGUCAACCUUUUUAUACCCACCACCCACUAAUGCAUCUUUCUUGAUGGUAAAAUUUCCAUACCACUCACCAGUGCUCGAUGGAAGGAGGAUUCAGCUUGUGCUGUAGAACCCCCUACCUAGAAUCCUGAAACGCCCACUAGUGGGGGGUAGGGACCAGGUUAACAACACCUGAUCUAUACUAUAGACACAGCAGAUGCUAUAAAUGUUAUGCUAUAGAGUCUAUAGCACAAUCACACUCUGGGGUAGUCUCUUAAGCAAGUUCUCUGUCCUCCAGUUCUUGGAAGCCAUUGCCAGCUUUGCUUUCCAUCUUCUGGGGCAUUUUUCUCACACGCAUGCAACAUGUCGGACAGGGUAGGAGGGAUAUUGCUCCCUUUUCACUUGGCAUUAUUUCACCUGACAUGUUGCUGCUGUUCUUUAGCAGUGCUUACAUCUCUGGCCACCCUGUUGGUUUUAUAGAGUUGGGGGACCUUUUUCAGCAGCCUGGGGGCCACAUUCCCUAGUGGGCAACCUUAAGGCCAUGAAUGUGACUCUUAUUUUUGUACAGCCACACAAAAAUCAGAGGUCUCCUGCACAUUUAUCUCUCUAUCUGGGCAAGAAAGGGACACUAUUCCAGUUCAAGGAUACAUUCCAACCAGCAGAGCUUGUGCAGCAGGGUCUGUGAUGAGGGUGCCUAGGAGGAGUCAUGGGUUAUAGAAAAUCCUGAGGAUCAAAGGCCUGAGAAUCCCCACCCGUUUUACACACAGUUAAUACAUUAGUUUAAAAACUCCUGUUCUUUAACUCACUUGGCGGGUUCCGUGUUGUAGUAGUUGUCAUUUGUUAUGCCACCUAUGUGUAUACUGCUUUAUAAAGAACAGCUAUGACCUCCCCUGGGAGGUUUACAGUCUAAAAUAGAAAGAGGGAAACUGGAUGCAGGGCUGGGCAGGGGAAGAAUAUGUUAUUUUUUCCAAUUGUGUGUGCUUUGAUUUAAUUAUAAUAGGGCUUGGGCACUAAGGAGGGAAUGGCAAUUCCAGAGGGGGCAAGAGGAGAGAAGCGGGGGAAGGGAGACAAUGAAUAUGAAACCUUUGCUUGAGGCACAAGUCCCUUCUACUGUAGAAACAAAAACAAAAGCCCAAACUGGAUGAGGAGCUCAAGAGCCCAAAUACUGAAUAAUGCGCUCUCGCUCUCUCUCUCUCUCUCUCUCUCUCUCUCUCUCCCUUGGUCAGAAUAUUAUCCUCAAGAACUGUCCAUGAGGGACUAAAGAGCCAGGAACUGAACUCCGCUGAUACCGGUAAGAAAGAAGUGUCUUUGUGUGUGUAGUAGUUGGAGAAUGAGGCUAAACGCCAUGUUGUGUACAUGUCAUGUUUCCCGCACGGGCUUAGCUUUCUAGACCUAUCCUGCUGUGGUGAGGCUCUUCCUCACAAACACUUCCUACUUUUCCUUUGAACUUUUAUCCGUUCUGCAGUGAGUUUCCAUGUUCUGCUUUGCAGGGAACUCAGGCAACUAUAGACAAAAGGCCAUUUGACAGUAGAAUUCCCUAUGUGCCAGAUGGUGAAAUCUAAUCAUUUGUUAAACUGUUGAAUGGAUGAAUGUUGAAUAAGUGCAUCUGCUGCUGAACAAAUCAGUUAAUACUCUCUAAAAUCUUACUGCAUGACUUGCAAUGCAGCAAAAUAUGUGUUUGAGGUAGUACCUAAUGUCAGCUUUGCAGAAGUGGCUGCUGCUCAUUCUGGGAUUUAAUUGGUUUUUAAAUGGAGAGAUGUUAUGUCAACACAAUACAAUCUCUAUAUGUGCCAAUUAUAAACCCCUGGAAUUAGGGCUUUAAGAGAAAGCGGCUCUUAGUCCAAGCAUAGCUGGAAUGAAAUGACUAUUGGUAUAUUGAUAUCUUUAACUAUAUUGCAUCACGGAGGAUGCUAACUUAUUUUGCAUGCUAAAGCAAAUAACCAUAAACUUUGCUUCAGUGUUAACACAUAAUAAAUUGUAUCCAAAAAAAGUCUGCAUAACAGGAUGGCAGAAGUUGACUUUCCCUCUCUCUGCUCCCCCAGCAGCUUCUCAAAGGGUCCUCUGAGGGCACCCCAGUCACACUGCAGAAUGGGAUAAACUAGAACAGAGUUGGGGCAGGGAGGAGCCCAGAAAAUCAGGUAUUGGCAGUGGCCACAAGCCCUUGCUUUCUGUUUGAUUGGGCUUUGUGACACUGUGACAUAGCUGAUUCUGGCCCAGUUUUUUGUGAUUUAGCUCCAAACCUGUGUGUGCUGUUCAAAGGGGUUUUGUGCUAGCGGAAAGGCCCUUGUGCAAAUGAGUUCCCUGAAUUUUGGGCAAAUUCCCUCAUCCCUCAGGUCCAGCUUUGGGUGAGUUGCAGGAGGCUAUCAAAAAUAAAUGUGCAUGUAUGUGAAACUCUGGAUUGUAUCCAAAGUUUUGUGUGUGUAGUUCCACUGGUGCAUUGGGACUUCUCUUUCCCUCUCCUCUGCCCAGGCUCUUCCAGAAAACAUCUACACAGAGGGUCCCUCAAGCCCCCUCCCCUGAGUUGAUUUUACAGGCACACAGAGAUCAGAGGGGACAGGAGAGGGAGAGCAGUUGCAUGCAUGGAAGUGUGUUGCACCAGAGGAGCUGCAGUGUUGGAUGGGGCCCUGUAUUUAUUGGUUUAAUUUCUGUAGCUUAAAUGCUUUCUAAAUGCUAGUACAGUGGUACCUUGGUUCUCAAAUGUAAUCCAUUCCGGGAGUCCACUCGACUCCUGAAACCAUUUGAAAACCAAGGUAUGGCUUCUGAUUGGCUGCAGGAGCUUCCUGCACUCAAGCAGAAGCCACAUCAGACGUUCAGCUUCCGAAAAAGGUUUGUAAACCAGAACACUUCCAGGUUUGCAGAGUUUGGGAGCCAAUUUGUUCGGCAACUAAGCCGUCUGGGAACCAAGGUUCCACUGUAUUUAGAGCACAUGUUUGCACAAGUGUUCUGAUUAUUAUUCUUAUUUUUUCUAGUUGUAACCAAUGGUAAAUACUGCUGUCCAAAGAUCUACUUUAAUCAUCGCUGCUUCUCAGGGCCAUAUCUUAACAAAGGUAGAAUUGCAGAACUGCCACAAUCUGUGGGACCAGGAAACUGUGUCCUUGUUCUUAAAGAGGUAAGGACAUCUGGAAAACAUGGCUAUAUACUUGUGGCACAAUUUAUUCCCUUUCUCUGUCAAAGCACACCCUUUGUAUCAUUGUAGACUAGGAAUACAUUAAUGCAGCAUUCAAUGUAAGUAUGGAAAAGUGUAGACCUAUAAAAUAAUGUAUUAGGUUGGAAAGUUGAAAUCAUAAUCAAGAUAUUGGUGGGUUUGGCAGCAUUAAGUCGCACAGCAUAAUUCUCAUAAUUCUCAAUCACUAAAACAUGAAAUAAUGACCCAUCCUGUGGGGAAGGCUUGUCUGAACCAGAUUUCUCAAUCUGCAUUUCAUGAAACAAAUUCAGCUAUAGAGUAGCAAGAUGGUUUCUUCUGUGUCAUAGGGAUGGUGGUGUGAUCAACUUGUGUUGUUGCAUGGUAUGCCAGAGGCUUCCUGGUAAGUUUGGAAAGCACAGUUUUGUCUAAGGUAAUCUGGAACCCAUGGGACAUGACGGUAUAUUCUGGUGAAUCAGCAGUCCAGUUCUGCAAGGAGAAGCCCAUACUCACCAUAAAAAACUGGCUGCAAACAAGUUUCUGCCCCUUCCAGCUAGCUGGAGGACGGCACUCUGAUAUUUUCAGCUAUCAAAGAACGCUAUAGUUCUUUUGUAAGGGGCCCAUUCACAUUAGCAAGACAGGUGAAACUCAUAAUCGUAUAAACCUCUGCAAAAGGACAGAUACAUACUAACUUCUCCUUCCGAUUGUAAGGCAGUACCUGAUAGAACAACAGAAAUAUAAGCCAUUCUUGUAGGGUGUAGAGUUUGUUUUUUACUCAUGGUUCUUCACAGUCUAAUUCAGGGGUUGUCAACCUGGUCCCUACCACUCACUAGUGGGCGUUUCAGGAUUCUAGGUGGGUCGUAGGGGGUUCUACAGCACAAGCUGAAUCCUCCUUCCAUCGAGCACUGGUGGACGGUAAGGAAAUUUGACCAUCAAGAAAGAUGCAUUAGUGAGCGGUAGGUAUAAAAAGGUUGACUACCCUGGUCUAAUUCAUUGUGUUUUACUUUUUUUAAGCUAUUUGUUUUUAAUGUAUUAUGUUCCCUGCCUUGAGUGCAUUUUUGAAGUGGAAAGGCAAGAAUGGACAUCCAGUGACAAAUGAAAAGGCUUUAGGGCAAAUUAGAUAUCUGUAGAGCUCUGUAUUUUUUGUUGUAUUACAGAAAUGCCUAAGUGGCAUUAUGGAGAAGAGAAUAUACACCUGUCACUAAGCAGCAGUAGAAACUGUCCACGACAGAAUAUUAGAGUUGAUGAGUCAGUCAUUUGAUCUGUUGUGACAAAUCUAUAGUCCUUUGAGAACAUUCUAGAUUACAGGAGUUGCCUCUGGGGGUCUCUGCUGCAUGUUAAACGCCAUGGGUUAUUCUUCAUAGCGGCAGCUUUGUCAGAUACUGUGCAGUAUCCAUGGUCUAGCAAUGCAAAAUCCUUUUUGUAUGAGUUUUUUUAAUAAGGGUGGUUCAGUAUUCUGGGUUAUUUGCUCAUUAAAUUUAUGUAUGUUUCUUACAUGGCUGUCUUACUUCUCGGAAUAAAUUGAAUAGGGCAAUUAUCACUCAGCAUUUUUUCCCAGAUAUUUGAAUGCAAGGAUAAAUAUUUACUUUGAAAGCAAGUUGGCUCAAAGCUCGUUAUCAAACCUCUUGUAUUUGAUCAAAAUCUGGCUCAUUUUUAAUGUAUCCUUGGGCAUUUAUUUCAAAAGAGACCACCCCAUAAACGUGUUAAACCUGAUACUGGCAUUUUUGUUUCCUCCAGUGCCUGCUUUUUAGCUCAUUGUUCCACUUUAUUUAGCCAUUGUGAUAAACCUUCCUAGCACUCCUCUUUACCUCCUUUCUGUAGUAAAUAUUCCCUCCUGAAUGGAAUGCUGUGAAAUCUUAUUCCAUUCUCCCUUUGUUUGGUACGUUAGUGGUGUCUCUUCUGCCAUUCUCCAUCUAUCCUUCCUUAAGAAUCCUAUUUCUUGACAGGGAGCUGGAGGGAGAAAAUGAAUAAUCUCAGAAAUGAAGUCGGGGGGGGGAGUAUUCUCCAAUUUUUUGGCAUAGCUUUAUAAAAUAAAGUAGCAACAUUUGCUAGAUAACAGUACUUUACCCUGAACAACAUUGAGGGAAAUGUGGAAAGACAGUUAGGCUAUACUGAACAUUGAAUUGGGAAUCCUAGGCAGUCAGAUAAAUCCUUACUUGUUGUCUGUUUUUGGUUCACAGGUACUGUCCUUUCUAAACAUAUUAUGCUGAUACAUUUUAGUUUAAUGCUCAGUCUCUCAAGUUGCUAACUCAGAUGAAUAGAACUAAUCUACUAAGUCAUAUUAACAUAUUAAAAGAAAUUUACUUGCCUACUGCUUUCAUAACACUCUCUCCUCAUUUCCAUUUUCAGGUUCUUUCUUUGCUGAUCAAUGCUGCCUAUAAACCUAGCCGUGUCCUUAGAGAAAUACAGCUGGAUGAGGAAGCUGCAUGGCAUGGAUAUGGAGAGACCCUGAAAGCAAAGUAAAUGGACUCUGUUCUGUAGUGUGUGUUGGUCCUUUGCUCUUAGGCCAAAUUAGACAUUGCCAAGGAAGGAUUUCUCGGCCUUUGUAAUGCUAACCCCCUGAGCUUGCCUGCAGUUGCUGCCCUGCGUUCCCAAACACCCUUACCUGGCUGUCAUGACUCUAAUGAAUGUGACCACUGCUCUGUAAAGGAGGAAGUUUGUCUUUUCUCCCUGGUGGAAUGCAUGCAGCCGUGUUCUAGGACCCUUUGGUGUUUGAGAUGCUCCUGUAGCAGCAUUUGGUUCAGGCACCAUAACCAGUACAGUAGGAGUGUGUCUUAGUUUGAGAAUGGUGAUGCACAACAUUUCCUCACCCUAAAAUGUUUUCUGUAAACAUAAGAAAUUCCAUGGCAUCCAGAAUAUUGUCUUUGUAAAAAUGACGAUCAAAUCACACAUUGUUGUUGUUGUUUUCCUCCUUGCUUCAGGUAUAAAGGAAAGAGCUACCGUGCCACAGUGGAAGUUGUAAGAACAGCUGAUCGAGUCGCAGAGUUCUGCAGGCAGACCUGUAUCAAACUUGAAUGUUGUCCAAAUCUCUUUGGCCCCCAAAUGGUGCUAGACAAGUGUUCAGAGAACUGCUCUGUUCUGACAAAAACCAAAUACAGUGAGUAAUUGCGGUGGUUGGCCCUACAAGGGAAUUUUCUGAUUCACUACUGCGCUAUUCUACAGUGUAGGUCAGUGGCUGCAAAGCACAACUUCAAGUAAAUGCAGUUUCCUUAAAGCUGCUGAUCAUUCUUAUCUUAGUUUAUAUACGCUCAAAGCACCACUGUACUCUUUGCUUAUCAAUGCUGAUCAGCAUUGAUCAGCAUUGACCAUAUCAUCAACAUUUAAUCUUGCCCUUGGUCGAAAAGUGUCCAUUGAGUCCUUCUACAGUUAGUUUAGCAGUGCAGAAAACUCGGGCUGUAUUAGUAAACCCAACCUGUGAUUGUACUGGGGUUCCUAUUGAUCUCAGGACAAACCUACCUAUUAUGUGAGUGAUACAUCACCUUUCCUGACCUUUCUGUCUUCAUUUGGAGGAGCCAUAUGGGAUUUGAAAUUAAAUCUAAACUACCCUCUGGGAAGCUGUUGAUUGCCCCAUGGGAAGCAAUGCUGAUAUAUUUUUGUGUGUGUGUCAGGCGGGAUUCAUUUGCAGGUUGGUCACCACUUAACAUGUUGAGAAACUGGACUCUUGAUGGUUGUAGAGCAGUUUGAUGUGCAAAAUUGUUGCCACUCCAACCCUUUGAAUCACUGUGCUGUUUGAUGGGUUACUAGAUUCCAGUAGCCAGUACAAGUUUAAUAUAUGUACCGCAGAAUAUGUCAUCCUUCUUCUAAGGCACAUAUCCAUAGGUAUCAAACAGCAACAAUAGGUUAUAUAGAUGGACAUCAUUUAUCUCCUGUUGGUGGUGCAUAAAUAUCAUAAAUAAAACAUGGUGAUAAAAGGAGAUUUUAGAGGCACUGUUGAUACAUGUAGGGCUAGCAAAAGAUGAAUCAUCCUGACAUUUCACAGUCAGAAUCCUUUUUUCUAUUAAUUUCUCAUAGCCCAUUAUUAUGGGAAGCGAAGAAACAAAAGGAUUGGCCGUCCACCAGGUAUCCACAGCAACACAGAGACAAGCAUGAAGAAGGCAAGCAGGAAAAGAAAGAAACGGAAAAACUUCUUUGUUCAUAAGAAGAAACGCUCUUCUACCUCUGUAGAUAACACACCUGCUGGCUCACCCCAGGUAUGAUAACGCAUACAAUUUAUUUAAUGCACUCUGUGUUCCAUAGAUAUUAGAUAAAUGGGUGUUUUGGUAUUUUGCUACACACAGUCUUCACUGUCUACCUCUGAGUCUCCCCGUCUCCUUUCCAUACCAUUUCAGGGCAGUGGGGGUGAAGAGGAUGAUGAUCAGGAUGACAUAGAUGAAGAGUCCCUUACGGAAGACAGCACCUCUGAGCACCAGGAGGAACUGCUUGAAGAGUCUGAAGUGUCAGAAAAGAAAUCGCGGUCAUCCUCCCCCACACAGAGCGAGCGAUCCCAUUUUGGAGCUCAGGACCGGGACAAACGGAAAAGGAAACUACGCGCCUUUUCUUUCUCAGAUGAUGAAAAUAAGCCUCCUUCACCAAAGGUAGGUUUUGGAAUUUUUUUAAAAAAGAAUACCUUAGCAGCGAGCAUCUAGCAUUCAGAAAGAGAGAUUUUGUUCAUCGGGGGUUGUCUCUAACUAAAUCUCUGGGAAUCCCCAGAGCAGAUAUGGGGUGUGCACAGGGGGAGGAGAGGAAGGGAAGGUUGGGCUCACAGAAGUCUUUCCAUGUGCACAAUGGUUUAGCUGGAUGCAACCCAAGGUCAUUAAGCCAUCUAAUGAUGAGCCUUGAAGGCUGACGCCUUUCCCCCCCCGUUUGUUAUUAAAUGGAAAUAAAUGCUCAUAUUUGUCAGGUCUACCUAGUACUAAAAUCAAAAGGGGCAAAAUAAUUGCUCCAAUAAGCAGGUGAGGAAAUAUUUGUACUGACUUGUGACCUAGCAAAGAAGAAACAGACCCUGUUAAGGAAGGAUUAUUAAGAGUAGUUUUGAGGUUUUCUUUAGAAGCAAAAUAAUCCAUUUCCCUGCAUUCUAAUUAUAUACAUUUCUGAUACUUCUUAUUUAAAUAACAGUUCCAGAAUAUAGAUUGGGAGAGUGCAGGGAUGGCAGGUUUACCCCCUCUCAGUAGAAAUUUCCCUCCCAGGACACUAGGGAAGACUCAAAACCUCCUUCCUGGUAUAUCAUGCAUCCAGAGCAUGAACUCUCUACUGAAUUAGCAACAAUCAGUUGUGUUAAAUGCAUAUGCACAAUUUAACCUAUUGUAUAAUUCAACAUAUAAACUUGCAUAUAAUUUGCACUUAUUGCAACAUGUUGCAUACCUAACUCACCACAACAGCAACACUGCAGUGAUUAGGGUGAGGAAAUCCAGCCAGAUGGGUGGGGUAAUAAAUUAUCAUCAUCAUCAUCAUCAUCAUCACCAUUAUAUAAAAAUAUACAGUCGUACCUUGGAAGUUGAACAGAAUCUGUUCUGGAACUCCGUUUGACUUCCAAAACGCUUGGAAACCAAGGCACUCCUGCAGCAAAUCGGAAGCCGCAUCAGAUGUUCGGGUUCCAAAGAUCAUUUGCAAACCGGAACAUAUACUUCCAGGUUUGCGGCAUUCAGGAGCCAAAACAUUCGAGUCACAAGGCGUUCGACUUCUGAGGUAUGACUGUAUACACAUUCCACCUGUUCUUGUUAGAAGCUCCAUGUAUAGAUCUCAUCUAGUUGCUGGGAUUUGGGGGUUUCCCCUCCAAGUGCUGCCCUGUCAACAUUUUUUUGCUACAGUCUCAAGAAUACACAACUUGGGGGUGGGGCAGAGAGAGGGGGUGGUUUGUGGAUUCUGUUCAUGAGUACAUGGUUCACACCUUAUGAAUUAAAUUUGAUCAGCACACACACAAAAUCCCUAACACCGAGAAUCCAAAAUGUCAUGAUCUGUGGCUCUUUUCAGGAGAUAACUCGGGUGGAAUUGGUGGGAAUAUACGAAAAGAGUAAAUAUGCUUGAGCAGGGCAAAUGUAAUAUUUUUGCUUUGUUUUGGGACUUGUGGAUAGGAAAUAAAGAUAGACGUUGGAGAAAAGCUGCAGCUGGACAGCAACCCUCUGGAGUGGAGUGUAGCUGAUGUUGUGCGGUUCCUCAAAUCUACAGACUGUGCCCCAUUAGCUAGAAUAUUUCUGGAUCAGGUAUUCUAUUGUUUUACUGUUGGCAAUUGUUAACUGAGCACAUGAAAUCUCUAGUCUUUGUCUCAAUAACUUUCUAGUAUUGCAAAUAGUUGUCGAGGGAUGUAAUCCCAUUUGAUUUGUUAGCUUUCAAUCAGACCAUUUAAUGCAUCUUAAUGGCAUUUUUUUCAUCAGUUCUGAACCCUGUUCUCUCUCUGUCUCUCAACAGGAAAUAGAUGGACAGGCGCUUCUCCUGCUAACUCUUCCCACUGUUCAGGAGUGUAUGGACUUGAAACUUGGCCCAGCCAUUAAACUUUGCCAUCACAUUGAAAGGGUUAAAUUUGCCUUCUACCAACAGUUUGCUAACUAA